CAGAAAGCAGCGGUGCAAACAUGGCGACCCACAGGAGCUAACGUGAGCAUGGAUAUAACGCGACAAAAACAUGACCAAAACUGAGGAAAACUGAGCCAAGACAAUCCCAGAGACACGACACGGACCCAAACCGAACCCGGGUCCUGACAAGCGGAUCGUACCGGACCAGCAGAGCUUGUGUCUGUAUGCUGUUGAGGACUGCACCUCUCCUCCCUCUCCUCUCCUCCAUCUCUCUCUCCGUCUCCCUUCUGCGGUCGAUUUCCAGCUCUCCUUGGAUUUUUCAUCGGACUUUAAAAACCAUGGACCUUCCUCCUCCAGAGUCAACCUCCACAGGACCCCCCCAGGCCGCCCCUUCCUCCCCAGGAAAGGGGUCUGAUCCUGGACUGCUCCCCGGAGAGACUGUGGUGCGGGAAGGGAAGGCGGCCAUUUUGUUCCCCAGUGCCAAUGAAGUCUUCUAUAAUCCAGUCCAGGAAUUCAACCGUGACUUAACAUGUGCAGUGAUCACAGAGUUUGCCAGAGAGGUCCUGGCUCAGCGCGGAGUGAAGGUGGAGGUGUCUGGGGAGAGGGAGCCCGUGGUGGUGUCCCUGUCAGAGGAGCAGACAGGUGCAGAGCAGUCAGGUGCAGAGCAGUCAGGUGCAGAGCCAGAGGAGCACACGGGAGCAGAUGAACAAACUGAAGAAACAGAGGAGACGAAUGGAGGAGAGAAGCCAGUGGAGAUAGCAAGAGCGGGAGAAAGAUGUGAGAGUGGUCUGCGGGUUCUGGAAGGUCUGGCUGCCUCUGGUUUACGUUCGGUUCGUUUCGCUCUUGAAGUUCCGGGUCUCUGCAGCGUCACAGCAAACGAUUUCUCAGCCAAAGCCGCUGCUCUCAUCGCAAGAAACGCACAAUACAACAAUGUGAGCCAUUUAGUGGAGGCCAGCUGCAAGGAUGCUAGUUUGUUGAUGUACGAGAAACGUGGGAGGAAAGAUCGCUAUGAUGUCAUCGACCUGGACCCUUAUGGAAGCCCCUCCCCUUUUAUUGACGCUGCUGUACAGGCCGUUAGUGAAGGAGGGCUGCUGUGUAUCACCUGCACUGAUAUGGCUGUGAUGGCGGGGAACAGUGGAGAGACAUGCUACAGUAAAUAUGGAUCAGUGUCCAUCAAGUCCAAGUUCUGCCACGAGAUGGCUCUGCGUAUCAUCCUGCACAGUCUGGACCAGAGAGCAGGAGUGUACCAGCGCUACAUCGUCCCCCUGCUCUCCGUCAGUGUGGACUUCUAUAUCCGAGUGUUUGUGAGGGUCUUCACCGGGCAGGCCAAGGUCAAGAACUCAGCCAGUAAACAGGCUCUGGUCUAUAACUGUGUGGGCUGUGGCUCCUUCCAUUUUCAGAGAAUGGGCCGAAGAACCAGUAAUGGGAAGCAUAUGAAGUACUCGGCCGCCACAGGGCCUCCGGUGGGACCCGAGUGCGAACACUGCGGACACAGGCACCAGCUGGGGGGUCCUGUAUGGGCUGAGCCGAUCCAUGAGCCGAGCUUUGUGCAGAGGGUCCUGUCCUCUGUGUCUGUGACACCCACUAGGUUUGGGACAUCCAGACGCAUCCAGGGGAUGCUCAGCAUGAUCACCGAGGAGCUGGAGGACGUGCCUCUGUAUUACACUGUGUACAAUCUGAGCAGCACCAUCCACUGUAACACGCCCCCGCUACUACAGUUUAGGUCUGCACUGCUCCACGCCGGCCACCGGGUGUCGCUGUCUCAUGCCUGUAAAAAUGGCAUAAAAACAGACGCUCCUCCGAAAGUCAUCUGGGACAUCAUGCGAUGCUGGGAGAAGUCAAACCCAGUGAAGAGGGAGAAACUGUCUGUGACCAGUCCGGCUUUUAAGAUCCUCUCCACUGAACCCAGUUUGGAGGCGUGCUUCACUGUGAGAGAGGACGCCAACCCUCAGUCCAGAAAAAAACAUUUGACUCGGUUUCAGGAGAAUCCUCAGGCGUUCUGGGGUCCCAAGGCUCGCGCUAAAGCCGGAGGAGGAAUCUCGACGAAUCUUCAGGACAAAAGCAAAAAGUUCCAGAAUAAAAGGAAAAUGACAGAUUCUUCGGAGCUCAAAAAACUCCCCUGUAAAAAGUUUAAACAGGGCACAUGUCAGUAUGGAGACCAGUGCUGUUACUCCCACGACCCGCAGCUCCUGGACCAGAUCAAACCACAAUAAACCUCUCAGAUCCUCAGACUUUAUUUCACUUUUAAAGAACUAUAUUUUAAUUAAAAUUUUUAUGCUGUGGUUUCUGGACAAAGGUGGACUGUCUCUUGCACAUGUGAUGUUUGGAGAAAGAGACAUGUUUUUUAUUUGACCAUUGGUCCUGAUGGCUUUGUUAUGUUUAAAUUGUAAGUGUAAUUGCUAAAGGGCUCAUAUUACACUAUUUUCUGAUUUAUGUUAUAAUGUUGUUUCCUCAUC